GGAGAAUGUGGACCAAAAGAUUGCGACAAUCGGUUCCUUGACCAGCAGUCUGUGACCUGCCCUUUCUCUUUAUAUGCAGCCGCUCUCUGUUCCCUGCCCCAAUGAACAUCUGCACUAGGCCCAAGCCUUGGAGUGAUUUACCUGAAGAGUGACACCAUUUAUUUGGAAACUACUAUGAGGAAACUGAAGCCCAGAGAGGUGAAGUGAGGUGCCCAAGGCCACACAGCAAGUUAGAGGCACAGCUAGUACCAUAGCUCAAGUCUCCUGACUCCCAGUCCAGUGCUCCUCCCAUUACUCCACGGGUCCUGUCUCUAAGCUUCCUGACAAAUGCUAGAACGGAAGAAACCCAAGACAGCUGAAAACCAGAAGGCAUCUGAGGAGAAUGAGAUUACUCAGCCGGGUGGAUCCAGCGCCAAGCCGGGCCUUCCCUGCCUGAACUUUGAAGCUGUUUUGUCUCCAGACCCAGCCCUCAUCCACUCAACACAUUCACUGACAAACUCUCACGCUCACACCGGGUCAUCUGAUUGUGACAUCAGUUGCAAGGGGAUGACCGAGCGCAUUCAUAGCAUCAACCUUCACAACUUCAGCAAUUCCGUGCUCGAGACCCUCAACGAGCAGCGCAACCGUGGCCACUUCUGUGACGUGACGGUGCGCAUCCACGGGAGCAUGCUGCGCGCACACCGCUGCGUGCUGGCAGCCGGCAGCCCCUUCUUCCAGGACAAGCUGCUGCUGGGCUACAGCGACAUCGAGAUCCCAUCCGUGGUGUCAGUGCAGUCGGUGCAAAAGCUCAUUGACUUCAUGUACAGCGGCGUGCUGCGCGUCUCGCAGUCGGAAGCCCUGCAGAUCCUCACGGCCGCCAGCAUCCUGCAGAUCAAAACCGUCAUCGAUGAGUGCACGCGCAUUGUGUCACAGAAUGUGGGUGACGUGUUCCCGGGGAUCCAGGACUCGGGCCAGGACACGCCACGGGGCACCCCCGAGUCCGGCACAUCGGGCCAGAGCAGCGACACCGAGUCGGGCUACCUGCAGAGCCACCCGCAGCACAGCGUGGACAGGAUCUACUCGGCGCUCUAUGCGUGCUCCAUGCAGAACGGCAGUGGCGAGCGCUCCUUCUACAGCGGUGCGGUGGUCAGCCACCACGAGACGGCCCUGGGCCUGCCCCGCGACCACCACAUGGAGGACCCCAGCUGGAUCACGCGCAUCCACGAGCGCUCGCAGCAGAUGGAGCGCUACCUGUCCACCACCCCCGAGACCACACACUGCCGCAAGCAGCCCCGGCCCGUGCGCAUCCAGACCCUGGUGGGCAACAUCCACAUCAAGCAGGAGAUGGAGGACGACUACGACUACUAUGGGCAGCAAAGGGUGCAGAUCCUGGAGCGCAACGAGUCCGAGGAGUGCACGGAAGACACCGACCAGGCGGAGGGCACUGAGAGCGAGCCCAAGGGCGAAAGCUUCGACUCGGGCGUCAGUUCCUCCAUAGGCACCGAGCCUGACUCAGUGGAGCAGCAGUUCGGGCCCGGGGCGGCACGGGAUGGCCAGGCCGAACCCGCCCAAGCCGAGCAGGCCGCAGAGGCUCCUGCCGAGGGCGGCCCGCAGCCGCACCAGCUCGAGACAGGUGCCUCCUCCCCAGAAAGAAGCAACGAGGUGGAGAUGGACAGCACGGUCAUCACUGUCAGCAACAGCUCUGACAAGAGCGUCCUGCAGCAGCCUUCGGUCAACACGUCCAUUGGGCAGCCUUUGCCAAGUACCCAGCUCUACUUACGCCAGACAGAAACCCUCACCAGCAACCUGAGGAUGCCUCUGACCUUGACCAGCAACACACAGGUCAUUGGCACAGCCGGCAACACCUACCUGCCGGCCCUCUUCACUACCCAGCCCGCGGGCAGUGGCCCCAAGCCUUUCCUCUUCAGCCUGCCACAGCCCCUGGCAGGCCAGCAGACCCAGUUUGUGACAGUGUCCCAGCCUGGCCUGUCGACCUUUACUGCACAGCUGCCAGCGCCACAGCCCCUGGCCCCAUCCGCAGGCCACAGCACAGCCAGUGGGCAGGGCGAAAAAAAGCCUUAUGAGUGCACUCUCUGCAACAAGACUUUCACCGCCAAACAGAACUACGUCAAGCACAUGUUCGUACACACAGGUGAGAAGCCCCACCAAUGCAGCAUCUGUUGGCGCUCCUUCUCCUUAAAAGAUUACCUUAUCAAGCACAUGGUGACACACACAGGAGUGAGGGCAUACCAGUGCAGUAUCUGCAACAAGCGCUUCACCCAGAAGAGCUCCCUCAAUGUGCACAUGCGCCUCCCGGGGGAGAAGUCCUACGAGUGCUACAUCUGCAAAAAGAAGUUCUCCCACAAGACCCUCCUGGAGCGACACGUGGCCCUGCACAGUGCCAGCAACGGGACCCCUCCUGCGGGUACACCCCCAGGUGCCCGCGCUGGCCCCCCUGGGGUGGUGGCCUGCACGGAGGGGACCACUUACGUCUGCUCCGUCUGUCCAGCAAAGUUUGACCAAAUCGAGCAGUUCAACGACCACAUGAGGAUGCAUGUGUCUGACGGAUAAGUAGUCUCUUUCUCUCUUUCUUAUGAACAAAACCACAAAAAAGAAACAAACAAACAAACAAACAAAGCUAUGGCACUAGAAUUUAAGAAAUGUUUUUGGUUUCGUUUUGACUUUCUGUUCUCGUUUUUGUUUCGUUUCAUUUUGUACUACAUGAAGAACUGUUUUUGCCUGCUGGUACAUUACAUUUCCGGAGGCUCGGGUGAAUGAUAGUUUUCCCAGCCUCCCUCGGAUGGUGGCCUUAAGGCCUGGUAGUGCUUCAAGAGGUCCACUGGUUGGAUCUCUAGCUACUGGCCUCUAAAUACAACCCUUCUUUACAAAAAAAAAAAAAAAAAAAAAAAAAAAAAAAUCUUUAAAAAAAAAAGUAAAAAAAAAAAUUUUUUUUUCACUUGUGAAGAGCACUACAAAAAUAUAUAACAAAAUCUAAAAGGCCUACUGUCUUUAAGUACACCGCUUGCAGUGUUUCAGUGGACAUUUUAACAAUUCUGGCCGCUUGGACUUCACAGUAACCAGUUAAAACUGUGGAAUAUCACUUCUGGUCGAAAACCCAGAGGAAAGGCCCUGCUGUUUUCCACCUACCACAUUGUCUGAUUUCAUAAAAGGGCUGGGGGGGUGGGAAGGGGCAGUGGGUUCGGUGGUGUGGGAAAGGCGAAUGGCAGGCUUCUCCCCCAGAUUCUGCUCGAGUCCACACACCCUGGCCCACCUCCUCCAUAUCCCCCCUUUCAGCAGAAGCCAGGAAGACUUGGACAAGCAUCAAGCAACAGUGGCUAUCGUAUUUAUUCAGUGUCUUCGCUGAGCCACAGCCUCAGCACAAUCAAGAGGGACUUUCAUGAAAGGCAGGAAUGCAGAUAAAACAAAGAUAUCAGAGGUUUGCACCUACGUUUCUAGGUACAAGAGAAGGAUUCUUUCCAACAAUCUUUGCAAAAAACAAAAACAAAAAAAAAAGUGUCAGGAUAUAUUCUUGUGGAAGAGAAAAAGAAAGAGAAAUGGAGGGUGGGGGGAAUAAUAAAAAGUUCUUGAGGCUUUUUUAAUUCAAAAUUUUAUAGAGGGGCAAAAGUGACGUUUACCAGAUAGAAUGCUGAUUUUUUUAAUAUAUUUGCAACAGUAUUUGUGUAAAAAAAAACAAAAAAAAGUGAGAUUGUUAAAAGUAAUUUUUUUUUCAUUUUGGUUUUGCAUACACUGCCACCAAUCCCUUCUCUUUUAUUUUAUUUCACACACAUAUAUAUAUUUUUUGGUAAGUCAAGACUGUUAAGGUUAGCGAUACUGCUUCCAGAUAGAAAGAAUAAAAGGCAAUUAAAGUUAUAUUUGAAAGAGAGGAAGGAUAUUUUCUUCAUAUUUUUUUUAAUUUUUCUUAAUUUUUAUUAUUUUUAAGUAUUGCCUGGGUUGAUGAGGGCCUCUGUGGCCAGCCCAUCCCUGCUGUAAUUUGAACUGCUGCUUUGUAUUUUGAUAUGUAGUUCUUUGACUUUUAGCAAGCUUAAGUUGCUCCACUGACUAUUUUUUUCAACUGAUCCAUCUAGAAUUCUGUUCUUUUUCAUGGGAGGACUUUAUCUUUCAGAAACAGAUUUCUUGCUUCUCUAAAAAGUUCAUUGAGAUCUUAUGAUUCUAGAAUUUCUAUUGCCUUUACUUCUUUUCUUUAAUGAAACACUAGUAGUCUAGAGGUCGUGACAAAUGGGUUUUCUUUUUGUGGUCAGCCAGGAGGAGGAGUUCAUGCCUCCUCACCCUUCACAACUACAGAGAGCAGAAGCCUGGUACAGAUCUGGAGGGCUUGAUGCCAAAAUUACUUUCUUCCUUCCAAAUACCACCUUCUGACUAUUUCCACCAUGGUUGAGAGGGCUAAAUAAGAUGAGCGUCCUUUAGAUGAUUUAUUAACCCUUGCUUUUUGGAACGGUUUUAAGGAAAUUAACAAAAAUUUCUCAGAUACCACCAUCCAUCAUUCAAAAGGCCACCAGUUUGUUGCAUCAUCCUAGAUGCCACUCUCUCUUCCUAGUUGGGAUUUCUCUCCUCGGUCCUGAUCAAAGUAUUGAAAUAGGGAUUUUUCCAUUAUAGACAGUGUCCUGAAGGGAUUCCAAGUCAAAUAUAAAAAUUCUUAAGCCUAACAAAGACUCCAAAGGUGAUUUUCUUGCUGGGCAUAUUUUAACACUCUUAAGGGGGAAAACUAAAUCUUUAAACAAAGCAGAAACACCAAACUAUAAUUUUUAAAAAGAAACAAAGACAGUAUUUUAGUUUCAAAAUUUCUUUGCAUUUUAAUUUUCUUGUCAGCAACGUAUUUGCAAAAACUGUGCAACAAAUGAGGAGAAAUCUUCCAAGGAAAGCAACUCUAUAGUAACUAAAUGGUUUUACUCAUAUAUUUUAGAUAUCGGUUAACUUGGAUCUUUCCCAUAAGUUCUUGGUGAUGUUUAGUAGGGUUAGUGCAACUGGAGUACAUGUGGGUUUUAUUUGGUCCUCUGUCCUUAAUUCAGUAAAUAUUUUCCUGGAAGUUUAAUGUAGACUUGGAUGGUUAACUGACUAUUGGUUAACACUCAUCGUGAUUUCUAAGAGGAAUCCUAUCAAGAACUAUGUGUCCAAAAUUGACCUGUUUUAAAAGUUAGUGGGAAACAGCUUCAAAACUAAGAAAAAGUCCAUUUUUCUCUUGCUAAUUUUCCUUUUUUAAAAUAGCAGUGUUGUAAGACUUUAAUAUUUCCACUUACUACCAACAGAGGGAGCAUUAGUUAGUUAACCAUGUCAGGGAAUUGUUUUGAUAUCUUGAAAAACAAGUCAUUCAAACCAUGAUAUAAAAAGGAAAAAAUUGACAUUAAGUAACCAACUUGUCUAAUCUAGAGGGAAAAUGAUAUUAAAUCACUUAGUAUAUGUUACAAAUGAUGAAGGCCAAAAGCCACUUUAAAAUAUUUUCACUUAUUUGACAGCAGCUGAUUUAAGAUAGGGUCCUUAUUCCAACCUUUGCGAAAUAGGCAGGAUUUACAGUACCUCUAGAAAAGUUGAUCGUGGGUGCCAUUAUUGGCCACAUUUAGCUGUCUGCUUCUCAAUUCAGACGGAGACCCACUUGCCUUAAUGUUGAUUUGCCACGUGAGAAGCAAAGCAAAUUGGGUUCAAAUAAAAUCCACAUUUUGAUACAGACAUGUAGAGGAAAAAAAAAUCCAGUUGGGUUUGAAACGCUAAUAUUCAUCCUUUCCCUUCAAAUGAAGUAUCUCUUUUCUAAAAAUGUUGAAGAACUCACAGAGAACUCUUGGUGAGGUGAUGCAAUCAUUAUAACCACAUGGACUCUCCAGGUUUGCAUAGUGGUAGACUUCUUCUUACCGUAUGUCUAUUCCUCCCAAACAUUCAUAGUCUAAAAUAGUUGACAGAUUUGUUCUCCGGAGAGAGGGAGAAGCUAGACUGCAGUGGAAGGUCUAAUCUGGGGAGCAGUGAACUUGCUGUGGGGUCAUUACUAUAUGCUCUAACCUUCUGAAAGGGCUACUUGCCCAACUGAUGUAAGCCAGACUGUACCUAUUUCAAAAGGAUAGAGAUGCUUUCUGAUUGCCAGUCCUUACUUUUCAAUUAAAUAAUUACCAACAUCUUGGGAAAUGGGAAAACAUAUUUUGCUUCAAGAAUAGAGGAUGAGCAUGAAUCCUUUUAUUUUUUAGUUUCAAAUCCAACAAUCUUCUUACAUUUAGAACUUCAUGCUAGGAUGCUAUGAGUGCUAAAAAAAAUUUUUUUUCAGUAGUCAGGGGAAAAAAUAGAUAAAAUGGAAGCAAAUGUUCCAGAUUUAAGACCUCUUAGGAGGAAUACAGGGAACAAGAACUGGUUUGGAAAAGCACAUUUUUUUUAGUAAUUUAUGAUUUAAAACUGGGUUAGCUGAACAAGGGAAGGGAAAAAAGUCAAAGGGGAAUAUUUAUCUCGAGACAUUUAGAUACAGUUUAUGAAAAAUAAAAUUGCCCUGCACUGAAAACAUUGGUAGCAUCUCAGUAUGGUAGGCGACUUUCCCCUUAUUACUAUAAUAAAUGCCAAUAUUUGUACUAAAAAAAACCCAAGUGGUAAAAUAUGGCCCCCAAAAAGGAAGGAAUUGAAACAGAUGGAUCUGAUACAAAUCUACACACAUGGGGAAAGAUUAAGAAACAAGCCAGGCAAAAAUAAUUUGAAAUGAAAGUCUCUGUACCAAAAUGGUUUUUACUAUAUAUUUUAAUGGAGUUGUAAACUUCGGCUCCUAAUAAUAGUUUAUAGACUUUUUCCUGCCCAAAUUCCUAAUGCUCUGAAACUGUCUAUGCCAUGAGUAAGUGUGGUAGAUAACUUCCUUCUCAUGUUCCAGCUUUAGUCCAAUCCUUCUUCAUAGGCAUCUUGGAGGUCGCAAUAGCUCCCAGCCUUAGAAGGAAAGACGUGGAUGUGCUUUGUUGAAAAAUCAUGGGUUUCAUUUUAUAUCAUCCCAAUAUUCUACAAGGACCAAGAAAACCCUUUGUAACCCAUGAACAGUUAGAAUGUAUGCACUCUGUUAGAAGAAAAAAGGUUUCCUCUGGGUGUAUGAAUUACUUUCAAGUAAGCCCGAAUGCCUUGACCUACAUGUCCCUCCAUCACACAAGCACACCAAUAGUAUGCGCCAGCCCAUGCCCCAAAUCCGUUUUCCCUCAGCAGUUGAAAAUGAGGUGUGUCCCUUAUAAAGUCCCUCGGGUCCUCAACAGAACAUAAUAAAAGGUUCGUGUUGCUUCCUAGAUGUGCUUCCUCCAUAACACUCCCAACACCUGUUGCCUUUAGGAAAGGGAGCAGUGAGCUAGAUCUGGCCAAGAUUCAUACUCAACCUGCCCAUUCAGGAGCCUUCCUCUGUUGUUAUAGAAGAUGUUAUUUAAUUAGCUGAGGCUGGGAGCAGAGGAUAUGUGAUUCUGCAGCAAAGGUAUCAGAUAACCAAAUCAGGUCUGCCUCUGCUAGGCAGAAAGAAACAAAACGAAGGUACAAUGCAAGAACAGACACAACCUGAGAUGCCCUUGGGAUUUGGGAGAAGGGAGGGUGCCCUUUCUGUUGUGACCUGACUCUUAAAAGAAAUCUUCUGAAAGAAUUCUUUAAUUUAGUAAUGAGUUGAAGUCCAGGGUAAUGGAAGCCCUGGGGAAGAGAACAAAAGGACUGCAAAGUGUAUUCAGCACCCAAUAAUGCGAAACCAAAAAACAUCCAAUCACAACACUAGGAAGUUUGGCAAGAAGUAUUUAGAGAAAUCUCUGGGCUUUUCCAUGGGUAGUAGGGUCGACAGACUUUCUUUUGAGUGAUUUCUGGCUCUGAGAAACCUCUUUACUCACUAGAAAAGAACUUUCUUUAAAUGGCCAAUUUUAUCCCCCAGAAAAAGAAAUUUAAAAAAAUAAAAUAAAAAUAGAACACUAAAGACAGAACCAUGUGACCUGGUAGCAAACAAAAGGAAGGGCCCACUAGAAUUUCAAUAGGCUCCCUAAUUCCUUAGAAAAAAGCAAGGCAACCCAACGCCUCUCCAUCUGCAGUGCUUGAAGAAAGGGUCGCCUUGGCCCAGCCACCUGGGCUUGCUGGGACUCUGGGCAGGACUGCCCCACUGGGGUGGCUGCAGCCCCUUCCUCUUCACCUUGACAUGAAGGAAAGAACUGUUCUCUUAGGUGCCUGGGAAAUAGAUUUGCCUGGGCCAAACUCUCAAAAACUAUCUCCGCCCUGGUGCUCAGGCAGCACAUGGAGACAGAGGGGGGCCACAGAGGAGCUCUUGCUCCAGGGAGAAUAUUCUCGGAUUCCCAAGGGCUCUCUGUGUGGAGUUGCCAUUUCUAAUACCACUUAAAUCGCCACAAGAGGAAAAGCCGUGGUGACUCAAUGUUGGUAUAAACACAAAACGUGAAAAUUGCUAACCCAGAGCAUCAUUUCUAGCAAGAGGGAUUAAGGUGAUUAGCUUAACCAAAGUUCCCCAAAGAUGUUUCUAAGUCUCCAAACAAUCUUUUUUCCCCCUUGAACACUGAAUCCACAGUGGUCAGCGGUGUACAUUCACAGAUCCCAGAAAAUGGUUUGGAACACCAGGGUUUGUUUUCAGUUCUUUUUAGGUUGAAGAAGUAGAAGGUGAGGGCUGCAUAGCACGGGUUCUUUUUCAGAACUAGGGAUUCCACUGAAAAACUGCUAAAAAUGCCCCGGGGUUGAAGCAACCAACUACAACCCCUGGAUUCCAGUGGUUUCUCAGGGCCAGCCUAUUGCUCCACAAACUAAACAGAUUAAAAUCUAAUCUGAAGCGACCUCAGUUGAGGUAUUUUCACCAGAAGCCACUUAUAGUAAAGAAUUAUUGCCUUAAGUCAGAAAGCCCAGGGAAGAGAACAGAGGACAGAGAGGUUGAAAGGAAGUGAAGACAUAGACAUUUCUUGUUUUUAAUUCUGCUUCGUUAUCAAAAUGGGCCCUCUUCAUGAGUGAAGACUAUGGAAACAUUGGCUUUGCAGGGAUGUGUCAAACUUGUCUGGGACUGACAGUUCUCAGGAAGUGGUUGCUCUUUUUUAUAUCCUCUUUCAGUGACUUAGGUCUGGGCUGGCUGUAAAAUAGGCAUCAUAUUAGUCAAAGAAUAAAUCCCAUAAGACAUGAUCACAGGUGCCAAGGAUGCCAGUUUUAAUCAUUUCCUUCACAGAGAGAACAGUCUGUACUAAAAGCUUUCAUUCCCUAUACAGUAUAAAUUUCUAAACUCGGUUUUCCUCGGUUUUAGUGAGCAUCUGGUUUAUCUGGUGGUACUUUGUUUAAAUGCAAACUCACAACUUUCAAAUCUUCAAGGAGGGAGCAUAAUCUUCAGUUCAUAGAGGAAAUCUAGCCACACUUGUGGGAGUCCUGGCUUUUGAGAUACCUAAUUAGGGUAUAAAAAGUUCCUACCAGCCGUCUUUCAAAUUCAGGGGUUUCCUUGGUUCAAAUGCCUCAAUGAGAUUCUGAUAGACCUAAGAUAGAAAAACAAAAACAAAAACAAAUUUGACCCCACAGGAGACAUCUGUUUCUACUACUGUCACAACAGUCACAGCUGCUGUCCAAAAUGUCUAUAAAUGAGUACAUGUCAUGCAGGUACACACGCAGUGUGAGGUCCUCUCACUGCAGAACUGUUGCAUGUCCGUAUUCCCCAGUGGUAGAUUCUGGAACUUCUAGUUAGUCAAAGGUCUCACAUAUCUCCUGCCUGCUUCUGCUCUGUUGCCUUAGUUGGGUGCACCAGUGCCGUCCGCUAUCUGUGAUGAGGUUCUAGGGCAUUCUGAAGGAGCCCCACCAUCAGUAAUUUUCUAUUGUACCAGUUUCAUGAGAAACUUAAAUCUGCUGCGUGGAGUAGAGUGCACUUAGCAAACUCUGCACAUCCGCUGGAUUUACCGACAUGUGCACGGGCACGUUUGCGUGGAUACUUGUAGUGUGCGUGCCUCUCAGAAAGCACACGUGGGCAUAGGUCCUGGUGCCUGUUACGGUUGCCUCUUCCCACCAUUGCGCUCCAGACUUGUGGCUCCCUGCCCAGGAAGCAGUCACCUGCCCACUCUGUUGCUUUUCGUAGCGUGUCCUAGUUGGGAGAAACAAAGGCAGCUUGUUGGAUCCACAGCAAACCUACGGUGACAGGCUGUUUUCCUCCAGAAGAAGGUAGAACAGAAGUAGUCAAGUGGCGAGCAGACACAGAGAGAGGCAGUCCGGGCACCCCUCCGGGUCUUCUGGGGAGGAGGAGCACCGAGGCCAGGGAGGGGAGGCCUAGUCCAUGGCUCAAAGGCCUUCAGUGCUUUCCUCCACGCAGCCCAGUGUGUGCACCCAAACACCUGCUCCCCUGUAACUUUCACUGCCAAACCAGAGUUUCCCCAUCCUGCCUGCAUCUGCAGGACAUCAUCAGAAUUCCAAACCGUGUCUCCUGAAGCCACCGUGGCCUCCGCAAAGUCUUUCCAAGAGCAGGUUGUUUACCGUGUCUAGCAAGCCGGUAGACUCCCGGGGGAAUCAUGUUUGGUAAUCUCUAAGAAUCGACAGCUCCGGCCCAUCUCCGACGUGAAAGUAGAAGGCCACAUGCACUCUCGUGCACGAUUCUGAACAAAUGGACCUGGCUCUCGUAGCUGACCUUGAAGAUUGGCCUGGAAACAGUCGGAUUCAGUUUGCUCACCCCCACACCCUUCUUUCACUAGGUGGCUUAUUAUUUUUUGUGACAUGUAGAUUAUUUCUGCUGAUUUACAGAAUUCAGAGGACAUUUUCUUGCCUCUUCUAUUUUGGUGACUUUUUCCCCUACCCCAUUAAGUAAGGCUACUUACAGUUAGAAUCUUUUCAUUGUUGUUAUUUUUAAAAAUGUAUAUUGUCUUUCUAUAUCCAAAAGAAGUCUGUGACUGUAACCAUAGGUAUUUCUUUUUACUGGAAAAAAGAGUUGGGGUUUUUUUUUGGUUUUUUUUUUUUGGUUUGUUUUUGUUUUUGUUUUUUUUAAUUAACAGUACUAGUGACUUUGUGGAAGAACAUGAGUUACAUUUAGGUAUGCUUAAGUACAGUACACUACAUUGCAGUAUUUCUGAAAGCUAGAACAUACACAUUAUAUAUAACUCUAUAUUGAAAUAUAUAUUACAUUAUAUUCAUUUUAACUUUUGAAUCUGCCUAUGAUCAUGAGUUGAUUGAAAUAUUAUUUCUUUGCAUUUAUCACCCAUCACCAUCCUGCUGCAGUUAAUCUGGUGCAUUUAAUAAUAAUCAUUACUGCUCUAGUUCGCUUUUUAUAUUAUCAGCUUCAGUAUUGUCUUUACAGGAUUUUAGGAUUUUUUUAAGCUCAGACUUAGCAAAUGUAGGAAAGUGAAAACUUUUUUUAAGAAAACUUUUUUUUUUUUCGGUGUGGCCGAUACAAAGAGGUUCGUAUUCAAAGUGAUCUUGUUUAGCUGACCCGCUCAAUAUCUGAAGAACAAAAGAAGUGCAUAUGAAUGUAUCUGUGAUUUUUCCCUUUUAGGACUGUCACUGUCUAUAUUUGCUUUUGAAAACAUGACCAAAAGGGGCUGCUUCACCCCCAUAGAUCUGACCAACAAUUGCAGGCUGCCAUUCGAAGGGCUGCUCUUCUGAAAAGCUUAAGGGAAUGAAAUGACUAAGCUGUCCCAACUGGAUUUUCAGACGUUGAUUUUAAUACUGCUUCUUUGCAGACUACUUUCUGUUUUCAGCAUGCUUUACGAUGAUUUUUAACUAGUCUUCAAUGCUUCCCUGGAGGCAGCUUGGCAAUAUAACAUUCAUUUUCCUAGGAGAUUUUCUUUCUUAAAUAAAGCCAGAAUUUGAGGAAAUCUUUCAUGUCAGAGGCUGAGAGAAAUAGAACCGAGAAAUAGAGAUCUCAUUUUUUUUCCAUCCGCAGAAUUCAUAAAAUGGUGGCUCUUGGGGUCUCUGGCCUCCCGUAUCUCCAUUUGUCUGUGAAGGUGGGGAUCUGGUGCCAGGCCAUCAUGGAAGCUUUCAGAAAUCAGGCAUCCUGUCUUCCUAGCAAGAAAUAUUUUCAAGUAGUAUUUUCAGAUAAAGAGCUUCUUCUCCUUCCCUUAGCUACUCAACCCAAUGCCUGGAAUCUCCGCAGUUGGAUAAACUUUACACCCAUCCCAGAGACCUAAAAUCAGAUUCGUUCUCUCGGUUCUUCAUUCAGGGCAAAAUGGAAACAGUGGUUUAUAAUAGUGUGAAAGCCCUUCCCACAUUGGACCAAUAUUAAGGCCUCUCAGCAUGAGUAACAAACACCAACUCCUUCCUUUCUUCUCUCCUAGUAGAUUUUUAUUUCCAAAUCCCAUCCCAUUCUGCUGUGCCCGCCCUCCAACCACUGGCGGCAACAAAUCUUUCCUCCCCUUAUGCAAGCCCCCAGAGGUGCCCUCCACUUGUAAAGCCUCGUAGGCCUACCCCAAGCCUACUUUGAAGAGGUUACCAUUGAGUCUGGUAGCAAAAUUCUGAGUCUGUUUCUCCACAGUUUUCAACUAAAAAUAUUUCUACAGGACAGACAUAAUUGUGAAUUGGGAUUCACUGAGCCUGUUGCUUUCCCAGUGACCUUGGAAUACCCAAAUCGUAUCAGUUUAAUUAUUUUCCUCUUUCCUCUUCCUAACUAUGUUCCUUUAUUUCUUGUUUCUCUUCAGGACUCUUUAAAUUACUGUUUCUCCUCCUCACCACCUGAAGAACUUGAACAGUUAUGACCCCUGAGCACUCAUUUCCCUCCCUCUCCCACCCGUCCUGAAUGUCCUUCUCUAACUUUUGUGCAGUUAAAGAGCAUUGACAGGAGUCAGCUCAUCAAUUUGAGACUCGUAGGCAGAGCGAAGAAGCAUGUCUUCACUGUACCUUCAAAUUUUAAAAGUUAUCAAUAUUCUUUUGAGAGUGGGAGGACCUGAGUCACAGUUUUAAAUGUCAGCUGAGCUAGUGAGGUCAUUAAUUCCUUUCACCUUCACAUUUGGCCAAAGGUAAAGAGGAGAAAAUAUUUUCUGAGGUUUUUUUUUUUUCUUUAAAUAUCAGAGUGUUCAAAUUCCUGAUAUGAAGAGACCAUUUCUGAGAGGGGAAAAAAAUGUUAUCAAUGUUGACUGUCUCAAGUCCUGCUGAUAUUUAGCCAAAUGGCAUAUUUACCACAUACUAGAUUUACAGAAAUCUAACAGAAGAGGUACCAUUUUAAAAUAAUUUUGAUAACUGCUCGAGCCUUAGUGAACUCUCUUAAAACAAUCAAAGCCACUUCUGCUAAAGUAGGAAGAAACAACUAGGAAGAAUUUUUUCGUAUGUCAUCUUUCUGAAAAACAAAUAAUUGUUGAUUGAUUUAGAACUUUAAGCGGUGAUCUGUUGAGGGAUGGAAAGAUGCAUAAAGUGUCUAAAGUAUCUAUCUCACAAGCAGUUGUUUUUUAAAUGUAAACCAUGUGUGUAUAUAAAAUAGGGCUGACCGGAUACUUGAAGGGCCAUGUAAUACACUCCCCAGUACCUAAACAUUCAACAUGUAAUUUAGUUAUCAUGCUAGAUCUCAUUUCAAUGAGUUACAACUGCCUUGUUGCCAAAAUGUUGCCCCAAAACUGAUACCAUUCUGGAUCUAUCCCUUUACAGGUUGUUCAUAAUGUAAUACGUUCUUUCCUGACUUCCAGUCCAACAUUCUUGCUGUGCUCCUACAUUGCCUCUUGGCUCCCAUGAAGACAAAUUCUGUGGCAUUUAGAGUAUUAACUGGUUCUGAAUGCCCAGAAGAAGGACGCUAUCUCAUUUCUUGCUUUACUCACUGGCAAACAGAAUCAACAUUUAGUAUGAGAAAUGCAUUCCUGAUGUGACCAGAGGCCUGACCCAUCUCCUACCUUAAUUAAACCAGUUUAUAACAUCAACUCACACCACAGAAAGCAAUGAAAUAAGAGAUAGUUCAAACCCUUCCUGGAUUAUAUUAUACAUCUAGUAGGAAAUCAACAUUUCUUAAAGCCAGUAUUUAUGUUGCCUAGGAUGGUGAGCUUCACUUGGCAUAGUUUCCCAGUCAAUCCCAUCUUCCCUUCCUUUGUCUGUUCUCCCUCUAUCUUUUUUGUAAAAGUGCUCUUUAUCUAAAGUACUCUUCUCCUCAGGCUUUGGCUUCUGAAACAGGAGAAGACUCUUUUAAAUCCUAAUUACUAUUGUCUAAAGGAUAGUGUAGAGUAGGAGAGGAUCUAGUUCUGACAGGUCCCAUUUGGUCCAGUCAAUCACAGGGAUUCCUCAGGAUGCCUUCUUGAUAUUAUUCCUUCUGGUUUCCUGAGAAGAGCUCUAACCCUGAGAUGAGGAUUUCUCACCGCAACCUCUGCAUUAGUCUGGAAUUAUGUGCAAAUCCCGGUAAUAUUCUAGAGACUCCAGGGUGUGAAUUUCUUAUUGCUCAUGAGCCUCCUGCUUUUCUAAACUGACACCAAGAGCCCCACCAGUAACUAAUGCAGCAAAAUGAUGGUCAGAAACAUUAUAGUAUGUAAUAGGGAGGAUGGCAAGAGAUUUGUUUCUUCUUUUCUCCCAUAAAAAGCUUGCUUCCCCACCCCACCCCACCCCACCACCACCACCAUGCGUUUCAGAAAGUCUGCAUCUCAUUUUACAGAUAUGUAGUUUUAGGAUUUGCAAAUAUAGCUUAGGAAAUGUUCUGAGAUUGAAGCUGGUGGCAAACCAGUUUAUUUUCUGCACUGGACUUUAGGACAAGUGUGCACAGAUACAAUUCCUUCAAAGAAAGUGAAACUAAUAUAGUAAAGCAAAGGGAUAAUACUUUUACACAUUAAAACAGUUGUUUGCUAUCUGUAAACCUUGAUUUAAGCAUAAUUAUUAUUUUUAGAAACCUGAAACUGGAGGAAUGUGUAUUUUAGUAAAGUUUGUUUGUCGAUUUGUUUGUUUCCCUUUAUCUCUUUCUUCUCAAGAUAGUAAAAGAUUUGGAUUCUUUAAUUUGAUACUGUCCCUGGCCAUAGGUAUCAGUCAAAUAAUGCCUGCCCUGACCAUACUCUUUUCCUUUUAAAGUAAGAGCCUUCCUGCCUGCCAUUAAGGAGCCUUUUCUCCUUGAAAAUCUUAUCUUCCUUUUCAAUUAGUAUGUGAGAGCUUUGAGGAGAAAAUCUCUCCCUGCACUUUGAGAGUAGAAUAGUUAAAAACUGUUUCUUGAGAGAAACCCCAUUUAGCUAAACUAACAAGUCUGAGGCCAAAGAAUGGGAAUUGAUUGCAGAUGAAGGUCAUGUAUUUUACACUACAAAUCUUUAUUGCCUCUUCCAAUUUUUGGAAUGAGGCUGAGAAUAAAUUAAUUUCAUGAAAAUCUGCUUUGGAUGUUUCUUAUUAAUAACUAAUGCAAAAUACCCAGAAAAGACAAAGAAAGAUGUUACUAAAUGCAAAGUCAAUCUAUAGAUUUUUAUAAUUAUUCAGAUUUCUUUUCUACUCAUUUUCAAAAAUAUGUGUCCAUGAGAUCUUAAGUAGAGAAACAUCUGCUUUUCCAUUGCUUCUCAUCUCCCCCACCUAGCACUGGAGAUGAGAGUCACAGAGGGAGACCGGCAAUGCAUUGCCAGUCCUACACCCAUUUGUACCACCCCACCACCACCACUACCACAAAAUAAGGAAAAACUAAAUUAGAAACUUUUUUUUUGAAAAAAGGGAAAUUGUAGUGCUUCAUUUGAAAGCAUACAGUUUUUAACUCAAUUCAAUUUACAGAUAGCCUGACAACCUUUUUAUAACCUGUCUUUUGUGCUAUAAUUUGCAUUUUUAACUCAAUCUUUAAAAUAAUUGCCAUUUCAAUUAAGUGAACAGAGGAAAAGCAAAGAGGGGAGACAGGGCAAUGUGAUGGGGCUAAAUCUGAUACAGUUUUGGAUUCAUAAAGCCAGUUCUCAGAGUUACCAGAGAAAGCUAAUACCACUCACCCUUUGCCAUUCUUGCCCAUCCUUACUAUUCUAGUCUUAAGAAUUGGGCAGGAAACCUCACUUCUUUAGGAUUUAAGACUUUUCUUAUUUCUGUCAAACCCAUUCAGAGAAAUCAUACAAACCCUUGACUGCUCCUAUACCUAAUCUGCUCUCCUGGGCAUAUGCAGAGAGAUAUCUGAAAAAAAAAAGUGAUGGUUCAAAUUUGGUACAAGAUUUAGACAUAGUCUAAAGUACUUUGUGUACCUUCGCUGCCAAGAGGUUCUUUGACAAAUAAGGCUAGUUUCUCUGCUUCCUACUCUCCCUGGGACAAAUUUGAUUUGGAACCAUCUGUAUGAAGAUUUGUAGGAAAAAAUUCUCAAAAGCACUGUCAACAGUUAAACUCCUUCCUUAGUUCCAAUGAUUUGAACCUCAGUUUUCCUGGGAGGGGCCUAUUAAUAUAGACAUUAAGGGUAACUUUCAUAUAUUGAAUUAAAAUUGUUUUUUUGCCCCCUGUUGAAAGAAUUGUGGUUUUCAGAGAAAAAAAAAUGAAAGCAGGAUUUCUUAGUAAUCGUCCGCGUGGCAAAACAAAGACAAGAAGUUGAUAGGGUAGAGAAAAUCUAUGGUAACUUUAUGUCUUAAAGUAAUUUGACUAUACUGGCCCCACUAUGCCAAAUGCCUUUGUUUCCACAAUGUAUUCAAUACUACGUCUUGAUUCUCCUGAGACUUCCAGCAUGCAUGUGUGGGUAGGAGCAGACAAGCAGAUUUACAUUUGGAGAAUGGAGACCCAGACAUACCAAAAAAAUCCACUCUUAGAGGAGUAUCAAAUACAAAAUAUUUCCCCAGAAUCACUCAGCACUGCGGUAUCCCAAACCAAUUCCAGAUUGAUCGUAAGCGAGAAGUAAGCUCCCUAAGAUAUCCUACUAUGAAUGUUUUUUUCUUACAGAAUAAUACAAGAAGAGGUACAAUGCAGAUUCUUAAUUUGGGUGUAAUUAUAAUUCACUUUUAUAUUUAAUAGCUGUACUUUUGUGUGAGUGUGUCAUUGAGCUAUUCGUACCAGUUUUCAAUCUAUCAUCCUGAGAGGGGCCUCGAAAAUUUCUGCUUAUGUGUAUGUAGAUCUGUAUUUCUGUGUAGUCAGAAAACAAAGCAAACAGGGGAGGAACGAGAGGAGGGAGUAGGCAGUCAAUGUGAAGAAAUGAGUGCUCCUAGCGUCCCUAUUUAUGUUAGGUAAGGUGGCUGCUGCCAGAAGCCCUCCGGGAAGAGUUGAUUGCACUAUUCUAAAAUAAGAGCCCAGCACUGUUCAAUUUAGAACCAUGUUUUGGGAAACAGGAAAGUUUUAUCUUUUUCUGUACCCAUUCUCUUUAGCAUCAGAGCCAUUUGACGUGAUGAAAACCAUUCAGUAAAAACCACUACUGACCUUUGCAUUAAAUAGCUAUUUUCCUCUUCUAAAUACUACCCCUGGUUUCAACUCAUCUACUUCCCUUUAUUCUCUGCCUAUUGAUUUAACAUUUUACAGAAUAAUACAUAGGCGCAUGCUACUUGUUUCUCUCUUUGGAGCUGAAACAAACAGGGGCAACAAGAGAUGACUCACAGAAGUGUGAGGUAAAGACUGAACUUCCCACUUGUGUGGCACUGGUAACCUUUACUAACAACUGUUUAGGGUUGAGCUUGGGUCUAUAAUAGGGCUUUUUUUUUUCUUUUGGUUUUUGUUGGGGGAUAAUUUUUUUGUUUUGAGGUUUGUUUGUUUUUUUUUUGUUUUGUUUUUUUUGUUUUUUUUUUUUUUUUUUUUGCACUAAAUAUGACUGCACUGCAUUGCACUACUGAAAUGUAUUUACUUGUGCUGGGAGAGAGUGUGUGAGGUAUGGGAAGAAAGAGGCAGUUAUGAAACAGGAAGCAUCACAAAAUGGAGAAUUCUUUCCAUCGUGCUUGGUCUUAGCAGGGUUGGUGAGAAUCUGUGAAUCUACUAACUCUUGAUCAGGCCCAGAAACUGCCAUGCUGAUAGGAUUUGUUGUCUUAUUAUAAAGAAGCAGGGCUAGUACAGUAAAUUGAAGAUGUUCAAGGAAAAGUUUGCCCAAUGUUGUCUCCAACCAAGCUUUCAUUAAGAGUUGCAAUGGUAAGGGAGCCAGCUGAGGUGAGGUUGAAGUCUUCACCUUGGCCUCACCACAAAUCCCCUUGAUGACGCACAUUCCAGUGUGGCAGAGGGCAGUGGCAUUUCCUACAUUCAAGAAAAAAAAACAAGAACAAAACAAAACCUAGCCUUGUGUGUAUAGGAGAUAUCCAUUCAGCCUGAGCAUGCUUUUCCAUCCCUGGGUGAGACCUAGGUCAGGCUAACCAAAGAGGAAGGCCAUGCACGUGGAAAAAUCCUUUAAGAUGGCAGUAAGGGAACAGUGCAAUAAACACUGAAAACCAGUGAGGUGAAAUGUUUAUUUUGAAACAAGUUAGACCAACAUUGAAAUUGAAGGAAGGGUUGGAGAAGUGAUCAGAACCUACUUACUAGCUGCUCCAUCAUAGACUAUCCUUUAUUAAGCAGAAGACCUUAACAGUGCCUAAAAGUUUAGUUUUGAAGUUGCUGAAUCUUUUCCAUUUUUUUAUUGGGUUUAUUUUUAUUGCCUUUUUAAGCCUGAGAAGUAAUUAGCAUGUGACAGCUCUUCAGUGACUAUUCGUAAAAGAAUCUUGCACCACAGGAAAACAAUCGAUUCUGUAAGGGAAGUAGAUUCUGUAGGGCACAAGAGUGAAGAUGCUUGAAGAGCUCUUCCAGAAUCCAAGGUGACAGCUUUGAAGAUUCUGGUUCCGUAGGGAAGGGUCACAACACAUAUAAAUGGCUAAUGUUGAAUUUUUCUGAACACUAUCACAUGUGGGGACAUCAAUUUGGAAAACUGUCAGUUGAGGUCUCUUUCCUAAGAUUACAACAUUGCUACCUAUCUCUCCCUUGCUCUCCUCCUUAGCAUCCAUCCAAGUCUACUAUUAGAAGGGAAAAAAAUUGUAAGAGAACUGUCAGCCUUACGAGUUAGGAAAAAACACCACCCCAGGGCUUUCAGAACUAAAGGAAGCAAUCCCUUAAGCACUCAAAGCAUUAUCUCAGUUUUAAAUAGGAACCUCUAAUUCAGAGCUCUUCACAGGUACUUAGAGAUGUGUAUUGCGUAAGCACUAAGACGGUAUUGACUGCACCAAACCAAAGGUAUAGAAAGAAAUAAUUGACCUUUUAAAAUACACUCACAUUAACUGUCCUAGUAUACUUCUCUUGAGGCUUUGCGGAAACAACUUCUCUUGUGAAACUUGCAUACCCACUCCAGUUUUGUCACCAAAGAUUUUAAUCACCAGAGCCUGAUCUCCUCUCUCCCACACAAAAAUAAUAUGACAGGCUCGGCGGGUAUGCUUUGGUGGUCAAAGGAGGACACUUUGGUUUUCAUUCUGUUCACGGUGAUAUUUACAGGGAACUCAUUAUUAGAGGAGCUACUGAACUGUCUUUGUGACUUAGGGUUUAGUCAAAGGUUUAAAAAAAGUAGGGGGAAAAAUACAAUUGUACUUUGACACUGAAAACUGGUCUUUAAUAGAGUCAUGACCUGAAGACUGAUGGAGAGAAAGAAACUUCCAUGGAAGAGAGUGAGCUAAAUCACAUAGAACCAAACAAGGUCAUUGGUGAAAUGUGGGGCAGUGUAGACAACAGAGCAGAUCGCUGCUCUUUGUGGCCAGAGCCAACAACAACGGCCAGAGGCAGAGUCAGAUAACCGGCAAGUGAAUUCAAGUACUGAAAAAGCCAUGAUCUGGGUUUCACUGUGGUUGCUGGAGUGGUUAAAAUGCCCAUGCCCAUGGCAAGGACAGUGCUGAGGCUGACCUGUUGUGAUAGUGCCUUUCUUGUAGCAAGUACUCAAUAAUUUGUUCAGUUAGGCUUUUCUGGACCAUUAUCCCCGGUCUUCUGAGGAGGUCUGAAGGGAUAGUAUUCACUUUGGAUGAAGGGACAGGAUAUUGCUCCUGGGAUGAUGUGAUUUGAUGAUAUUUGCACUAGAUUCUAAACUCUACUUUAAACUGGAGCAACUGAAUAAGAGAAAAACCAAGGAUGGUUCAAUGUUAAAAGAAACCAAAAGCAGUAUUUUCUGACUGAUGCCUCUUCUCUUUCUUCUCUUUAUUUUCAUUCUUCUCCUCCUUCUCCUUCUUCUUCUUUUCCCUUGAAGGAAGCUUCAUACUUGCUGAUUACCAAGCCCAACUCUUACCAAUUCUUUUCCUUCAUUAUUUUUUCUCCCCACACUGAACCUUCUGUGUGAAUUAACCAUCAGGUAGGAAUGGUCAACGUAAAGGGCAUCUGUCCUUACAACUUUGCAUGGGUCCUCUGUGUCAUCGAGGGCACGAGGCAUUGGAGGUGGGGGUGGGAGUCUCCUCCAGAGCCACCUGGCCCUUAGGAAGGCUGAAAAGCAGAGAUCUCAUAUGGAGAGCUGAGCUGACACAUAUUUGCCCAGAGGACAUUAGAGCCUGUGGUUAAUCCUAACAAAUGCUUAGAAAGAGAAGGAAACCCAUGUGUUGGAGAAAAAGAAGGAAGGUGGUGCCCACUGUUUGCCUGUUUCCCCUCUCUCUUCUCUCUCCCACCUCACCUCCUAUCCUCUCUAUCAUAAUUAUAUUUCAUCUCAUUUAUUUAUGUUACCAGAAGAAUUAUUGGGUUCCUUGGUUUUUCUCUUUAUCAGUGGGCUGGGAACUCUUCCAAAAUUAAAAGCAGAUCCCAUCAGCGGCUCCCCUGUAGCCUACCAGUUUCUCAAAUGCUGUCCACCUGGUCUUGACCCAGUCAACUAAGAUAACUUGGAAGCUUUGGCUGGCUCAACCACCUGUCACUUUAUUUUCAUUUUGUUUUCAUUUCCAUUUGAAUUCUGAGUGAUCCUAUGGGAAGGUGGAAAUCACAGAAAAGGUUUAGAGGCUGCAAUUCUAGGGCAUAGCUUGUCAAGAGUUUGUAUUAUCCAAAAUAUAGCUUUCUACGCCUGUUUUUCUGUUGAAUCUGUUGCCCUGAUUAUAAUUUCUAUUAUAUUUGUGGUUAUUUUUAUAAGAAUAGAGUCCAUUUGCUAUGUC